GAGAUGAUGAUGCUCAGAGUAGAUCCUCGGACUAAAAUGGAUUUGUUUUGGAUGAUAUUUUUUAUGUAGCUGGGCUUGGAAUCUGGAAGGCGCGUCACACUUUUUCACAAAUAACGAUUCGUCGCGCGUGCACGCUUUUGAUAAGGACGCUGGUAAAAUGGCAAAAAAUCUUCUUGAUGCUGUUUUAUUGAUUAUGUGUAUGGUAAACAUUUUCACUGAGGGUGCACCAUUGUCCGGGACGUUUGAUAGUCAAGACGCGCAACUGCGCUCUUCUGCUGAGUUUUCUUCUGAUGCCCCGAACGGUGUUUCACAUCAGCAGACUGAAGCAGCGCUCAAUGACACAUCACACACUCGCGUGAGAUCCAAACGCUGCACCUGCUACUCUUACAAGGACGUGGAGUGUGUCUAUUACUGUCACCUGGGCAUCAUCUGGAUUAACACUCCACAGCGCACAGUUCCAUACGGCCUGUCUAGUUACCACAGCCCUCAGCGAUUGAGACGCUCCAGUGGCACAAUUGGGUCUGUGCUUCAUCGCUGCACAUGUGCAGACCACAAUGAUGUGUUAUGCCACAACUUCUGUGAUUCAAGAGCACGGAAUAGUGGACCAGACAGAAUUGAAAGGACAAUGCCCUGAGUAAAAACUCUGCAUUUGCAUCUUCACCUCUCGAGAGAUCUGGACUCAUGAUUAACAUGGCACCUUUCUAGGCACAGGUUUUGGAUUUUACAGACUGUGAUUUGGAGCAGCAGCUACCCGACAUUCCUCACCAUGCAUUUCCUGGAACCCCCUUGACUCAUCUGGUCCACGGUACCAAGUGCAUUCUUCAGAAAACACAUUGCAGAUUUUGGAAACAUGUUUUUAGGACCAAAAUCUUUGCUUCAAGGUGUAUAACCACUGUGCUUGUUUCAGCUUGCUUCUAGACUAAUUAUACAAAGAUGAGCAUGCUUCUAAUGCAAAUGUGGUCUUCCUUACAUUGGGAACCUUACAGUGUUGAAAUACGCCUGUAAAAUACACUGUACAUUGAUCUCCACUUUUUUGGCUGAAUUUCUAUGGACACUGGGUAAAGAUAACUUGAACCAAAAUAUCUCCGCUUUCCU